AUGACCGAUGGGGACUAUGAUUAUCUGAUCAAACUCCUGGCCCUUGGAGAUUCAGGGGUGGGGAAGACGACCUUUCUUUAUAGAUAUACGGACAAUAAAUUCAAUCCCAAAUUCAUCACUACAGUAGGAAUAGACUUUCGGGAAAAGCGUGUGGUUUAUAAUACACAAGGACAAAAUGAAUCUUCAGGGAAAGCGUUUAAGGUGCAUCUUCAGCUUUGGGACACUGCAGGACAAGAGCGGCUUUCUUUCCAAGGCCAACUGCAAGCAAAUGCUUAUUGUGAAAAUCCAGAUAUAGUAUUAAUUGGCAACAAGGCAGACCUUCUAGAUCAGAGGGAAGUCAAUGAACGGCAAGCCCGAGAUCUGGCUGAUAAAUACAGCAUACCAUAUUUUGAAACAAGUGCAGCGACUGGACAGAAUGUGGAGAAAGCUGUAGAAACCCUUCUGGACUUAAUAAUGAAGCGAAUGGAACAGUGCAUAGAGAAGACACAAGUCCCCGACGCUGUCAAUGGUGGAAAUUCUGGAAAGCUAGAUGGGGAAAAGCCAGCAGAGAAGAAAUGUGCCUGCUAGACUCUACAUGGGAACUGAUAAUCAAGAACCCUACUCAAAUGUUACUUCCAAACACUAUGACAAACCACAAAAUUGUUGUUGUGUAGACCAUGCACAAUUGCAUGUCCAUUUUUUCUGCCAGAAAGUCUAUUUUAAGAAACCAGAAUGGUCAAUAGUGUUCGAAAGAAUUGACCAGUUAUUCCUGAGGCCAAUCCAAACAAGAUCAAGGAUCUCCUAGUAUGAUUAUCAAGGAUGCUCAAUUUGGUUUUCUUAUAAAGAAGAUGAGUAUAUAAGAGAAUAUAAAAGAAGAAAUGUCAGUGAGUUUUACAUUAAAACAAAAAUUCCUUUGUCACAUUGGAGAAAGGGAUAGGCUACUGAAAGGGAGAACAUAGGCAGAUUUUUUAUAAAAAAAAAACAUUGGAUUUACCUAUGUAGAAUCUGAUUCGUACUUUUAGAUUUGCAUUGGAGAAACCAUAAUAGCUAAAAAUGGAUACACAAUGAAGAACUCCAUGUGGUUUAUUAAGAAUGACAUUACCAUGUGCACCCAAUAAGCAGUACUAGAAUGACUAAAUUACUGAGAAGGUUAUGAGUUGGAUGAAUGUCACACUUCUGCUAAAAUGUAAGAGAUUAUGUAAUAAUGCCAUUUUAUAUUCUUAAUACAUGGCAGGUAGACAAGAACAGGACUGUGAAAGAGUUCGAGAGAAAUGACCUGGGGCGGCGGGGAGUGGAAGUAUGGGAAUAUGGCAUUUAGACAGCUGAAAUUAAAUGUAUCUGUUACAGAUGAGGUGAAAGAGUUACUUAGCCAAAUUUCACUCAAGCCAAUUAGAAGCUGACAUUAUCAGUUGCAAUUUAGAGACUCACCAAAGGUUUCCAUUAUAAACAACAUUUUAGAAGUAGAUUCAUCGUUCAGCCUUCCAUUUCAUUUUUCUUAGCAAAUGUUGAUACAGUAGUCACAAGGAGAAAUUAAUCAUUGCUGUUCAUUAAUUUUUUUUAAAUAGUCAUGAAAAACUAUUUAGCCUUAAAAUUUUUUGAGAUAGAAUACGCUGAUGAUAUGAAACAAAAUGUGACUAUUAAUUGUGGGUUUCCUUUUAGUUUACAAAAGCACUGGAAACCCUAAAUCACAUUUCUUCCCUCCAGCCUACACCAGCCCCUACUUUGAAUCAACUGCAGAAAUGCAGGUUUGUCACUUUGUAGAUCAACAACUUCAUAAUAAUGAUGGAUCAAUUCUAUGGUAAUUCUAAAUUUUCACUUCAUUAAUCACAUAAAAAUUGUUACCUCAUUCUGGAUUACAAUAUGUUUUUAUUUUGUUUAAGGCGAAACCCCUGUAGUUGAGCUAUAUUUAAGGGUUGGGCAGGGAUACAACUGUACAUUAUUUCACCAAAAAUUCUGUCAAUUGCUUUAUUUUUUCACAUAAAGCUGCCUUUUCUUUCUAAAAAUGAUCACAAAAGUAUUUUCCAUUGGACUGUUAUUAUUGUGUCAAAACUAACAUAUUAGUUUUUAAUUGUAGUUUCUGAUACGCACAACCCUUCCUAUGAAAAUAUUGAUAGAAGUGACUGAAAUAUUUAAAUAACAAAGGCAAUGUACUUCAAGUUUUCUCUUUUUAUGAUGAGUUUAUGAUUUUUUGACAGGAUGGUUCCUCUUUCUAUAAAAUUUUUCUAAUCAAACCUAAUUUUUUCAUACUCUGUGCAUAUUUAUUUUAAGUUAGAAACAUUAGAGAUCCUAAACUCCCAGUUCCCCUUUCAAUAUCACCCUACCAACCUCCAUCUGGUAUAAAAUCUAUUUCAGAAACACAGAUCCAAAAGAAUGUCUAUUUAUAAUGUUCUUAGAAUGGACUAGACCCAGAAAUGUGCCACGAAUCAAAACAAUUUGGAAGCUCUUAUGGCAUCAGCCCCCAGUGAAACUCUCAGUGCUAACUGUUCGGUUCCUCUAAUUUCUGCAACACGAUGCCAGCUUCCAAGAUCAAUUGUGGUUGGGUAUUCCCUCCAAUGGUGUUUUCUCUGGGUUGCACUUCAUGACCUCAUUACCUAUGCCAUGAAGGUAGAAAGCAACUAGCUAACAUUUAAAAUGUUUCUUCCAGAAGAAGAGCAAGCAGAAACAAUAUAACCAUUGCUGAGGUAAAAUUUGGCGAACUGUUGUGGUCAAUAUAUCCAUUUCUUCUUUGGAUUCAAAUUGUUUUAUCCCCUGCUUUUCCGUAAUAGGGAAUGUUUAGCCUUUAUAAAAUUCUAUUUUAUAUGUCUUUUUGUUUCUAUUCAUUUUCCAGUUUUAUGAUUGAUUUACUUAUGCCAAGAUUCUGUCAUUGUCAGUUAUUUAAUGAGUGUUUUUUCAGGGUCUAUUUUAAGAUCAUUAUUUGAUAGCUGGAGCAUGAAGCAGAGGGCAUUGAUACCCAUAAUUAUAGAACUAUGCCUGUAGAAAUAACAAUUAUUGGGUAAUAAUCUCAAGUGCAAUGAAAUUUAAAACAGAUGAGAAAAUUAAUUUAAAAUAUUAUUCUACUUAUAAAUAAAUAUUUGGUCUAAAAAAACACAUUUUCUCUGUAAAAUUUGCAUCUGACCCCAAACUCUAUGUAACCAUUAUCGAAAAUUCCUCCUCUCAUUAUUUUGGGAUUAAUAGUUCUGUAUAAUUUAUUUUACAAUUUAAAAUUGAUCUGGUGUCAUGAAAUAUUCAGACUGCUUUAAAGAAUUCCAUACCCCCCUUAUCCGUCAACAGCAUGUAUUUUUAGCCAAGAUGUGUCCUGAUACUCAUAUUCCAAACGCAUUAGUGAACCAUAUUGUAUUUCUGAUAUAGAAACCAUUUCUGGAGUGUUUACACUGAUUUGAUGUUUACAUUGUUCUAACUCAGUGCCUCAGAUACCUCUGUGACCAAAUUUGUCUCCAGCCACAUAGCUCAUUUCCUAUAAUGUUAUAUUAUAGGAAGGCCUCACAGAGACACUAACACAGCACAAGGCCUUCUGAUAUCUUCAGCAAAGGAUGUAAGGACUUUUUAUCAAACUCUGGAGAUUACUAUUCCCUUCUCCUGGUCUCCUAGCCUACUUCUUAAGGAGUAAGCAUUACUUGAGACUUUUAUGAUUAGGGACAAGUUACCUUUUAAUGUAAAAAAAAAAGAAUGAUUCUUUGAAAAAUGUAUCAAAAAUGGUGAGAGAAUAUACUAUCUCUCUCUGAUGAUGGUAACAAGCAGAGAAAAUGCUAAGUGCCAGGAGUUGAGCUUGUGGGUCUCCCUGUAAGAGCUGUAAAGCCCCUUUAAGUUACCACUCUAGCCAAUUUGCUGUUAUUUCCAUAUUAUCAGCUAUCACAUUGGGGAAAAAAAAUUAAAAACCAGAAUUUCCUAAAGCAAAUAUUUUAUCUGUUAUUUUUACCCAGAUGGACCAUUCUGUGUAUCAGUGGGUAUCUUUGUCAUGCUUCUACCAUAAAUUGUUCUUUGCCCACCUGUUCAGGUAGCAUGAACCAGGCAAGAGUUUUAAUCAGCCUUUUCUUGUCUGCAUUAUAAGAAAGAGAAGUUUGACCAUAGAGAAGAAUAUGACUACAUUAAGAAAUAAUUCAAUAAUAUAUAUUUUAAGCUGUAAAUCGAGUCCACUGGGAAUCACCAGAUUUGAUGAAGCCCGUGUCUUCUCGCCAAUGGAGUGCACGCAGCAGUUAUACGGAGAAGCAAUAUGGUGUGGUAGAUGGAUUGUGUAACUAGGCAUAUGUCGAUCCUGGAGCCUUGUGCCUAUAAGCAAGAUCACUCACUGUUCUAUGUCUCUGUUCACUUAAAAAGGGCACAUAUGCUUUCCUUGUUGUGUAUCACAUCAAAAACUUGAGGGAAAACCCUCAUCCAUAAAAGAUUUUGGAAUUAUAAUCUAAAAUUCAAACUGUAAGGAAAUAGUAUUCCAAGUUUCUGGUUCCCUAAGAUAACGUAAUAAUUUAAAAAGAAGAUCUGAGGGCUGAUGUUAGCCAAAGUGAUAGAAGAGUUGCUUUUCACCCUGUACUACCAAGUUUUAAAGCAUUAAAAGAAGUCUAAUGUAUUUGAAUAUUUUAGAGAAAGCUUUAUCAUUUUUAAAGAUGCCAAAAUGCUGUCUAUAUUUGAAAAUGUUAUCUACGAAUUCACCAUAUGCUAUGUUUUCUUCUUGAUUUUUGACCAAGGUGAUAUCAGCUUGUUUCUGGGGAGAGUGCUGAGCUCUUAAACAUGAAAAUGGAUUAGACUAUUAUCUGAGAUAAGUGUUGUCUCAAGGUUUUAUAAAUCCAUGAAGUUCUUUGUCUCACAAAGCAGAACUGAUCAAAAUCAUCAUUGGAUAUAUAGAGAAUUUUAUCAACUUAUUGCCUUACAAUUCUUCUGUGAAGACUCAACUACAAUGACAUUGUUGAGAAAGAAAUAUAAAGAGAAAUAAGUGAUAAAAGCUGUCUAAAUUUUGCCCCUAAAUAUAGCAGAACAUGGAGAAGGCCAUACUUAAAAGGUUGAUUUUUAGGUAGAUUUUUUAAAAAAGGAGGAACAUACGUUUUGUAACGAGAUCCAUGGCAAAUACAGAUCAUUUUUAUCUGCCAAGUAGAGGUUUAUGCCCUUAGAAAUGAGCUAAUAAAAAUAUUUAAACACCAAAUAUUUCAUUAUUGCCCUCAAAUUCUGAAAACAUAGAAACAUUUUGUUUAUAUAAAUCUGAUUUUCUCAUAAAUUGCACUUUGAUCAAUAUUUCAAGGAGUAGCAUCACCAAGAUGCUUUUCUGCUGAGUUCUUUGUACCAAUAGUCUAUGGUUGAGAUGUUUUCUAACUUCAUAUACGGAGAGAAUAUCAUUAACAAAAAAUAAAAACAUUAGUACCAAAAUAGUGGAUCUAUUUAAAAGGGCGUCAUCUUUUGAGGGGGGAAAAAUACACACACACACAAAGGAAUCAUCUAUCUUUGGACUGAAUGAUUUAAAUUUUGUUUCCUGGUCCCUUUCCUUUCCAACAGGUAGUGACAGUCAUGGCAAAUAUCCCUCACAGGGAAAUAUCCCUGGCUUAGUCUUUAAGGAUUGCUAGCAAAUUCUGUAGGACGGCAGGUCUGACUGUAACCUAAUGGAUCCCUUUUUUAACUAGCAGCUGUUUUCCUUAUAUCUGUUGGUGCAUUGAAAUUGUGUCUGUCCCAGCAAAGUAAUAAUGUAUGCUUAUCUUUACUCUUUUUCCAGGUGAUUAUUUU